AUGGGGAUUCACCUGUCGAUUCGCAUGCUCUCGAAACUACUAGUUCUGUUGUUGUUUCAUCUUGUGGUUGCAAAUUUUGUAGACUCUUUGCAGCAGCUAUCUUGCCAUACCGAGGAGAGCUCUGCCUUGUUGCAGUUCAAGGAGAGCUUUAUGAUUGACAAAUCUGCUUCACGUUCUAAAGGUGCUUAUCCAAAGGUUUCAUCAUGGAAACCAGCUGGAGGAGGAAAUAGCAGCUGCUGCUCGUGGGACGACGUGGACUAUGACGAGAAAACGGGUCAUGUUAUUGGCCUUAAUCUCAGCAGCAGUUAUCUCUAUGGCUCUUUGGACUCCAAUAGUAGCCUGUUCAGCCUGGUGCAUCUUCAAAGGUUAAGCCUCUCUUACAAUAACUUCAAUCACUCUCAAAUUCCAUCUAGCAUAAGAAAUUUUCGAAGCCUCACUCAUCUUGACCUCUCUGCCUCUUUCUUUUCUGGUCAAGUCUCAUCUCAAGUCUCACACUUGUCCAAGUUGACAUACCUUAAUCUGUGUUGCAAUAUUCUUGAAAAUGAAACUUCUCCUAACAAUCCUCAGCGAUUAUUGAAACUUCAACCAUCCGAUAUGAGAAGUCUGGUUCAAAAUUUAACUAGUCUAGAAACUCUUUAUCUCAGUUUCAUUAACAUAUCAUCGAUCAUACCCGUUUCCUUGACAAAUUUAUCAUUUUUAACAUCCCUUGCCCUCAGGCAAUGUGAUCUGUUUGGCGAAUUCCCAGUGAAAAUUUUCAGUCCACAAAACUCAGAAGUUCUUAGUGUGAGAUACAACCAAGAUCUCACUGGAUAUUUGCCCAAAUUUAAUAGAAGUAGUCCUCUCAUCUCACUGAGAGUUGGGUUUACUAUGUUUUUCGGAACAAUACCUUCUUCGAUUGAAAAGCUUAAUUCAUUGCAAGAGUUGGAUGUCGCUCAAUGCAAUUUUUCAAACUCGUUGGUUCCUACUGCACUUGGCAAUCUUAGACAGCUCACUUACCUAGACAUUUCAGCAAGCAGAUUUGGAGGUCCAAUUCCAUCUUGGCUAGGUAACUUUACCAAACUAGUUUACCUAGAUUUUGCUUAUAAUCAGUUAAGUGGUUCAAUUCCAGCCUCAUUUUCCAAUCUCAUCAAUCUCGAGAUCCUUUAUCUACAUGCAAAUAACCUGAGUGGUGUAGUGGAUUUUCAAAUGUUUGAGAAGCAACAAAAUCUGUACCAACUCCAAUUGAGUUGGAACAAUUUUGAAUUUGUUGCUGAAUCCAAUAUUAUGAAUGCAACUGUUCGACAGUUCACCAUUCUGGGUUUGAGUUCAUGCAAUUUAAAAGAGGUCCCAUAUUUCCUAAGAAAUCAGACAAAGUUGGAGCCGUUGGAUAUGGCAGUAAACCAACUCCAUGGCGAGCUACCAAACUGGAUGUGGAACAUAGGCAAGGAAACUCUGUUAUUCCUGGACAUUUCUAGAAACUUAAUUUCAGGAGAAAUUCCAGCUGUCAUACCCUGGGUUAAACUACAAUGCUUGAGGCUUUCGUUCAACAGUUUUCAAGGACGAUUACCGAUCCCUCCAUCAUCCCUUCUAGAAUAUGGAGCGACCAACAACAAAUUUACUGGAGAAAUUUCACCAUUGCUUUGCAAUAUGAGUUCUCUUCUGUACCUUGACUUGUCGAAAAAUAACUUGAGUGGCACGUUUCCUCAGUGUCUCGGAAAAUUUAGUGAUGGUCUAAUCAUUUUACUUCUUGGAAGCAACUCUUUUCAUGGCAUGAUCCCUCAAUCAUACAACAACAGAAGCAGUUUAAGGAUGAUUGACGUUAGUCAUAACCAACUGCAAGGGCAAUUACCGAGGUCAUUGGCGAAUUGUGUGAUGCUUGAGUACCUGGUUCUGUCAAACAAUCAAUUUAGUGAUGUUUUCCCCAUUUGGUUGGGGACCCUUCCAGAGCUAAAACUUCUGGCAAUGCGCCAUAAUCGGUUCAACGGUGUAAUAGGACAGUCUAGAACAAAUGUUGACUUCCCCAAGUUACGCAUUCUUGAUUUGUCUUACAACAAUUUCACAGGUGAGAUUCCACCUUUGUUUCCAGAUAUUACUGUAAACAAGUCAACAUACAUGUACGCAAAUAUAUCCUAUGACCUCAAUGGUUUUUCUAUUCUACAAAGUGUUGCUUACUCAAUAACAAUAGCAGUUAAAGGUUUAGAUUUGUACUAUUCAAAGAUUCAAGAAGGCUUUGCAGCCAUUGACAUCUCAAGCAACAAAUUUGAAGGUAAGAUUCCAGAAUUCAUUGGGAACCUUAAGGAGCUUUGCUCACUCAAUAUGUCCAGAAAUAUUCUCACAGGUUCUAUUCCAUGA